AGGUGCGUUAGUGUUAAGAAUUUAAAUUGAAUGAGAUAUUAUGUUCAACCGGCCAAAUUUUAAUUAUGAAUGAAAUGAUUGCCCAUUAUGACUGACCAUAAAAUGAUAAGAUGUAGACUACCAUAUUCAUUUGACCAAUAGGGAUAUGUGCCAUGUGGCAACACAUGCACCAUUCCUUUAUCUUUCAGUGCGGCAUGGUUUCAUUCAAUUCCAGCAUCUUCCUUUUCCAACCUUGAAGCCUCAACUCAACUUCAUCACCAACAGUUUACAUAGCAAACAAAUCCAAACUAUGCUUGAAAACUUCAAAUUUUGCUCUUCUUAUCCAAAAGAACCGUGCAAAUUUCAUCCUUCAAACUUAUAAGAAAUUGAACAAUUAAAAAGUGGAAGGACAAAAUUUUCCACCUUGCAACCAACAAUGAAAGACAUUAUAAGAUGAAUAAGAAUUCAAAAGAAGCUGAAUUUCCAUUGAAACAAGAAGUUCCUCAUAAUUCAAAUGAUCAACAUGAAAAAGAAAAAGCUUCACCAUCAUCAAGUUCCUUAGCUUCAUCUUCAUCACAAUGGCCAAGAUUGAAAGAUCCAAGAAUUGUUAGAGUAUCAAGAGCCUUUGGUGGAAAAGAUAGACAUAGCAAAGUUUGCACAAUAAGAGGAUUAAGAGAUAGAAGAGUAAGGCUUUCAGUUCCAACAGCUAUUCAACUUUAUGAUCUACAAGAUAGAUUAGGGCUUAAUCAACCUAGCAAAGUUGUUGAUUGGUUACUUAAUGCAGCUAAACAAGAAAUUGAUCAACUUCCACCACUUCCUAAUUUUCCACCUAUUGGAACAAAUUUCAAUUUUGGUUUUCCAUCUUCUAAUGAAACCAGCACCAACACUUCUCAUCUUCAUCAACAAUUGUUGAAUUUCAAUAGGAACAACAAUAUUCAUUGGGAAGGUUCAACUUCAAGUCAAAAUUCUAGUUGGAAAUUAAACCCUAAAGAAGUUUCAAGAGAAAUGGUUAGUGAAAAACCAAAUUAUUGGAUGAAUAGAAGUACUCAAGAAGAGGAAAAUAACAAGCAAGGAAGCAAUAUUGAAGGUACUAGUCCUAGUGCAAUUGUUUUGCAAAAUAAUAAUAAUUUGUUACAAAGACCAAAUCACCCUUCAUUUCUUGGUUUGUUAAAUACUAUGCCACUUGGUACUAAUUACAAUUGGGGAGGAGCUUCUUCUAAUGAUGUUGUUAAUUCUUCUCAAUUGGGAGGUAAUAUUGGUUUAAUUACAAACCAACAUGAUGGUAAUGCAAUUACAUCUUUGCCACCAAUGUUAUCUUUAUCAACUGGAAAUUCUUCUCAAAUGUUGUUAGGAACAUCUCAAUCAUAUUUUUCUUCAAAUGUUAAUGCAAUGGAGAUGGAUCAUCAUCAUCAACAUCAAAGAGAAAUCAACAGUCUUCAUUAUCAUCAGAUGUUGAGUUCAUCAAAUUCUCAAAAUCCAUUGAAUAAUUCUCUUAAUAAUCCUUCCUUUAGUUUGGCUAUGAUGAGUACUCCCAAGUUUCUACCAAGCAGCAGAGAAAAUACAUCCAAUAAAGAACAAGAUUUCAAUCCAAAGUGAUGUGAUACAAAAAGACACAAAUUACAAAAGGUUUAUCUGAAUUCUCCUCUUCUCAAAUUUGCAUGGUAAAAUGAAGGUUGUUGUUACAAAGCUAGGUUCUUUAGUUUACAAGAUAUAUUUGGAUUUGAAUAAUCAUUACAUUAUUUGUUUUGAGAGUGCAUGUUUGGAUUUUCUAUAUAGUUUCUUGCAAUUUUAGGUAAACACUUUAGUUUGAAUCUAUGGCCUUUUAAGGGUGAUUUAGGAGCUCUUUUUGAUUUGAUAAAUAAUUGUUUGAUUUAGAUAAUACAUGUGCAUGUAAUUUACUCUCUAAUCUACAAUGAGAAUUGAUCAAUUUAGGUGAAA